UUAACGGAAAACAAGUAGGACUGACUUAUCUCCAUUUUCUUGGCUCCGUCAACACCCGCAUUCGACGAGAGUAUCCGCUCCGCUUAGUUUCGUAUUCGACGAAGCAAUCGCCAUUAAAAUUCGCCGUGUCGCUUUCGGUAAACAUGGUCAACGUGACUUUUCUGGAGGUAACGUUGAGAUCGCUACGUUGGCAUUCUCCUCUUCGAUUCUGUAGGAGGAUGAAGUCGGCGUUAGUUUAUAGAGAAUACGGCGAGCCUUUGAAGGUUGUCAAGAAGGAAGAGCAGAGCCUUAAGAAGCUCGAAGGUAACGAGGUUCUGAUCAAGAUGCUGGCUGCGCCUAUAAAUCCGGCCGAUAUUAAUAUGAUUCAGGGAACUUACGCGCUGAAACCCACGUUUCCGGCAAUCGGAGGUAACGAAGGAGUCGGGGAAGUAGUGGAGAUUGGUUCCAAUGUAAAGAAUUUAAAAGUAGGAUCGUGGAUAAUACCUUCCUUACCUGGUUGGGGCACGUGGAGAACGCAUGGAGUAUGUGUAGAAACGGGAUGUAUAGAGGUCGACAAUAAAAUUCCGUUAAUCGGUGCUGCCACUAUGGCCGUCAAUCCCUGCACGGCAUACAGAAUGUUAAAAGAUUUUGAGGAUUUAAAACCGGGAGAUUGGGUUAUACAGAAUGGUGGCAACAGCGGCGUCGGACAGGCCGUCAUACAGAUUGCUAAACAGCAAGGAAUACACACCAUUAAUGUAGUCAGACAACGUCCAAAUUUUAAUGAAGUGAAAGAAUAUCUGACCUCUCUAGGUGCUGAUUUCGUUCUUAACGAGGAAGAAAUAAGGUCGGCUUCGAUGAAAGACUUUUUCAAAUCUAUUCCCAAACCCAAAUUGGCAUUGAACUGCGUCGGCGGGAAGAGUGCCACGGACAUCAUGAGGCAUUUAGCGGACAAAGGCACCAUAGUGACUUACGGAGGAAUGUCCAAAGAACCAGUCACGGUUCCCACCAGCGUGCUAAUUUUCAAAGACAUAAAAGUCGUGGGAUACUGGAUGUCGCGUUGGACUAAAGAAAAUGCCGAAAGCGAAGAACGCAAGGCCAUGUAUAAAUACAUCUGCGAUCUUUUAAGAGACGAACGUCUCAAGGCUCCGAACUGUAAACUGGUACCCUACGACAACUUUGCAGACGGCAUCGGUGCAGCCAUGCAACCUUACGUCACUCAUAAACAGAUUCUAAUAAUGGACGAAAGUACAAGAAAAUAAUGCGAGGGUAAAUUUUAGUUUGAGAAUUUUUACUUUAAUCCGGCACCAAAACUAUGAAAAUAAAUAGAAUAUAAUGUAAAAUUUUUGUUACGAGAAAUUAAGAACAAUAUCCUUUACAUUGUUUUUAUAAAACUCUGAGUACAGAUAUAAUAAUAAUAAUAAAUAUACAGUUAAAUCAAGAUUAAAUUAAUUUCAAUACUUUAUGUAAGCAAAAUUAAUAAAAAUAUUUUAAGAACAAACCUUUUUUA